AUGUCGGGCGAAACCAAGGAUUUGAAUGACACCUUCGACAGUGCUCCUGGAGGGCGCAAUGCUGGUGAGCUGGCAAAGCCCGCCGAGGGUGAGGUUGGAGACAGCACUCCGGACUAUAUCCCCAAGGGAUUUUCGAAGAAGGACAUUGAGAAUAUGGGAGGAAGCUUGAAAGUGCACGUGCGACUGGCGCUUGAAGUGGACAUCCGGGUCAUUGCCAAAGUCAAGGGAGAUAUCUGCAUCGGGAUCUUGUAA